ACCUCAAAACCCUAAACCACCGCUAAAACCCCUCCGGCCACCUCCUCCUCCUCCUUCUCCUCGUCUCUAUCAAUUGCGGUAUCAACACUUUCAUUGAAGAUAGAAAGAUGUCUGCUUUCGGUGGAUCUCGAUUCAAGGAAUUUGUUAAGAAGUACGGGAAAGUGGGAUUGGGGGUACAUUUCUCGGUCUCUGCAGCUUCCAUCACCGGCCUCUACAUUGCUAUCAAGAACAAUGUCGACGUUGAAUCUAUGUUUGACAAGUUGAAACUCCCUGGCUUUACCAAAGAUAAAAACCCACCUGUGCAAUCCCCGCAAGAUGCGUCUUUCGUGGAGGGAGAGGUGGGAACCCCUGAUGCUAAGAUAUCGACGACCGUAGUGGGGGAGGAGAACAGGAAGAAUCGGACUGCUGAGCUCGCCGCGUCCACUGGUGGUGCCCUUGCAUUGGCUGUACUCUGCAACAAGGCGCUUUUUCCAAUUCGGGUUCCUAUAACCAUAGCGCUUACACCUCCCAUAGCUAGAUUCUUGGCUAGGAGGAAGAUUAUCAACAACAGGGCUAAGAUCUAGUGUAAUUGGGAAACCAGCAUUUGCGUUUUUAUAACACAUGAUCAUGACUUUCAUGAAAAACAAGUGGCACAACAAGCUCUUUUUUUGGGAAGAAAUGAUCUCUUGUAAGUUGAGACGUUUUUGAUCUUGGGAAGAAGAUUAAACUGCAUAAUUUGGGUGAGUUGUUUAAGUUUCUUACCUGCCAACAAAAAUACUUAGAGCAAGUGUCUUGCCUGCUUGCGGCUUCUGUGUUCCUUGGAUGCUAAUGGUGGUUGAAUGCCCCUAUGAGACUAUUACUAUCAGAAAGUUUAGCUUUUUCUCAGCUGGUCAAUCGGGAAGGUUUCUUUCCCCCUUACAGUGUGCAGGUGUUUGCCUGAAUAAAUACUUAGUGUAUUAUGUUGGUUUAUGUUACAUUUCUAUCUCUUGUUAAAUUUUACUCAAGGAUUUGUUGUGCACAGCACGCAUAUGAAUUGAAUAUG